AUGGUUCAAAUAUCCAAGCAGUCGAUAAGCGACAAUAAGAGUCGCAGCCGCCCUGACAUUACAGUCUUGAAAACCCCCUCGAAUGCCACACCCAUUUCCAUUGCCGGUCAAGGAUGUUUUGCCAACAAUGGUUGCAAUCGUUGCUUGGUGAUUUUGGUGACCUUUUUGUUUGGGAUUGCCAUUACCUACUUGGAUAUCUUUCCGGAUUUAAAAGCCCGAAAAGCUGCAGCAGCUGGUGGUGGAAAUGGUGGAAAUGGUGAUGUGAUGAAAGUCCACAAUCUCAAAGGAAGCGGCAAAUCGUCUUCAGGAGGUGGUGAUCCAUCCAUGAUCUUGUCGCCGAACGAACUCAAGAACAACAUUCAAUCCAAAAACAAACCACAAGACAAUAAGGAAAAGAACCAGGAUGGUAAGAAAAAGGAUACCUCCAAGGUCAUGGACAAGGAAAAGAAGAGUAUUUAUGACGACAAUUGGGAUCCCAAGCACAAUUGCAAUUACGAGUGCAAGACGGAUCGACUGGCCAAUGAAAUUAAUCUGUAUGCAGGAGAAGCCUUGUGCAAUCACCAAUAUAGAUUUGGAAUGACCCAGGGUGGUGACUUUGUGGCGCAUGACUGCGAUUCCAAUGUCAAGCAAGUCUUUUAUAAAAACAACAAGGGCGACAAGAUUAAGAAGGGUGAGAAGGUCUACUUCAAACUCAAAGAAGAUGGUACCAUGCGGGUCGUUUCCAAAGAGGCUGACAAAGAGAAGACCAUUCUCUAUGAACAGAAACCAAAGCGAAAGGUCUAUUCCCAAGCGCAGUGCUUAGAGAAGCCAGCAUUGCCAUGCCCCUACCUACACUUGCGAGAGACUGGAUUGGUCGUCCUCAACUGGAUUGAUCAAGAGACGAACGAUUGGAUGGAUCGAUACGUCGAUCGAAUCUAUCCCGAACUGUAUCCCAAGGAAGGAUAA